UCAUCAUGCCUUUCCUAAAACCUUGCCUUUGUUUUUUCCUUUGGAUAAAACCCAGCCCUUAUGCUCAUUUUGGGUUUACUCGAAGCCUUUUCGAAUUCUCAACUAAAUCCUUUUGUCUAACUUAAAUGGGUCUCUCUCUCUCUCUCUCAUUUAUAACACCCCCUAUACAUCCUUUCAACUGCCCCUAUCUCUCAUUUUGAAUGCAUUCCGACCGACCCUUGGCAAGAGAAAGAGAAGCACCUGCUACUAACAAGUAGUACUGCAGCUUCUGUUCAGUCAUUUGUCAUUGCUAUCAAUUACUCUACCAUUUUGGUACUGUUACGUUAACUCGAGGCGUGAAUAUACCUCUUUCGGAGCUUCUACUGUUUUAUAUACAUUCUACUUUGAAUGUUGUGUAAUUACUUACCAAUUGCUACUUAGAAGGAAAUAUUCAAUCUAGCUAUGACAGCUGCGUCUGGUGGUUCUUCGCCGGUGCUGUCACUGCCACCUCCUCGACCCAAGUCUCCGCCAGCAUACCCAGAUUUGUACGGGAAACGACGGGAACUGCUAAAGGCGCAGAUGUUGGAAAGAGAUGGUGUUUAUCUGGAGGAAGAGUUGAAAUUUGUGGGAGGGCUCCAGCCUGCAUCACUUGGCUGCAAAGAGGUUGUUGAAUUCGUGACGGCUAACUCGGAUCCUCUAAUGCCCAUAAGCCAAAGGAGAAGUGGGAGGAGGCGUUGUCGGUUCUUGAAGUGGCUACGAGGGGCUAUCUGUUUCGAUUUGUGGUGCAUUCCCUGUUCAUGCCGAUGUAGAAUGCCUGAGUGCUGCUGCUAUUGUGGAAUGCCUUGGUCGUGCGGGUGUUUAUCCCCCCCUGGCCUGCUGCGAAAAUUGGAUUGCUGGUCCCAAUGCUGCAGUAAUUGCGACUGUAACAUGCCAUCAUCAUCAACAUCCUGCAAGAAUGGCUGUUAUUCUAAAUGUUGCACUAGUCUUAGUCUUAUAAUUCCUUCUCUCAAGUGUCCAUCGUUGUUGUCAUGUAAAUGGACGUGCUGCAGCUGUUGUUGUUACCUCCCCAAGUGUCCCAAGCUCAAUUUCAAUAACUGCUGCUGCUGUAAGAAGAUCAUGUGUUGGAACCCUUUCUCCUCAUGUUGUUGUUUUUGCUCUUAGAAGAAAUUAAGUAGGGGGGUAGGGUUUGUUGUUUUGUGUGUGGAUGCUUUAAUGUUGGAAUUUUGUGA